GUCACCGACGAAGAGACUACGGUGAUAGUCUACACACGUCAUAUUAUAUUUAAUAUUAUUAUCUUUUCAGCAAUUUUUGCUUAGGGGAGUUUUUCACCAUGGUCCAGAUGGGCGCAGAGACGACGACUAUAACCGAAUACGAUAUAUUACAAGAGGAAAUAGACCAGUUGAAAAACGUCCAAAAGGAACAGAAGACGACCAGUUACGACGAAGAACAGUCACAGGUUCCUGUCAGUAAACAGGAAAUCAUAUGGACAAACGUCGUGUUUAUUACUUUGUUACACGUUGCGGCCGUCUAUUGUUUUUUUAACUACUUAUUUACAACGAAAUAUCAAACUUAUUUCUGGGCUUUUAUAGUUGGAGGUAUCGGUGGAUUUGGAGUUACCGGCGGUGCACAUCGAUAUUUCACUCAUAGAUCGUUCAAAGCCAAAUUACCAUUACAAAUUAUACUCCUAUUGUGUUACACAGUAUCAGGACAGAACGACAUACCGGACUGGGUUCGCGAUCACCGCGUGCAUCACAAGUUUAGCGAGACGGACGCCGAUCCACACAAUGCAAACAGGGGUUUUUUCUUUUCACAUGUAGGCUGGCUGAUGCAACGUAAACACCCCGAAGUCUACAAACGAGGCAGGACCAUCGACAUGUCCGACAUCAAAAACGAUCCACUGGUGCAGUUUCACACCAAAUACUUUUUACUGUUCAAGUUGUUGUUCUGUUUCAUCAUACCCGUUUUGGUGCCGGUUUACGCGUGGAAUGAAAACUGGACGGAAGCCAUCAGUUCACUGGCUAUUGUCCGCUAUGUGUUGAACUUGAACUUCACGUGGUCUGUCAACAGCGUGGCUCAUAUCUGGGGAAAAAAGCCGUAUGACAAGCGAAUUCAACCGGCUCAGAACGUGAUUGUGUCCAUUGUGGCGAUGGGCGAGGGCUGGCACAACUAUCAUCACGCGUUCCCAUGGGACUACAGGGCUGCCGAGCUCGGUGGGUACCUGUUGAACACAACCACCAUGUGGCUAGACCUGUUCAACAGAAUUGGAUGGGCGUACGAUCUCAGGACGCCGUCUAAGUGGCUCGUUCAGAGUGUGGCUCUCAACCACGGCGACGGAAGCUGGAGAGGGUUACCGGAAACAGCGCACGCGCAGAAUUAUAAGACUUCAUGAACACUAAUUUAUUACUUUACAUCAUUACGUUACAAACGUUUCGGUUAUAAUUAUUUUUAUUAUUAUUUAAUGCGCGUGUUGUGUGUACGUGUAUGUGUGUGUGUAUUUGUUAAAUGUCGAAUUUAACGUAUUGUACAUUUACGACGUAUAAUAUAUGAUAUUAUAUCAUUUUAUUAAUAUAAGCACCUGUUUGAUAUAAUGUGUAUACGUGUACAAUGUUACGAAAUAAUAUAAUACCUAUGAUAUUUCUAGAAUACCAUCAUUAUAAUUGUUGUUGUUUUAGAUUAUAUUCAACGGGUAUCGCACUACCGUUGUUUUGUAUGCUUUUCGUAGUCUCGCGGGAGACCAAGUAGUAGACUGAACAUAAACGGCUACGAUGGUCCCCAAAAACCGUCGUGUACUUACAGUAGAUUAAUAUGCUACAAUAUAAUUCGUGUAUUUCGACUGCGGUAUACAUUCAAAUACACGGUAGAACAAACGUUCCAGUCUGGCCCACCUGGACUUAAUAUCUUUAGGUCUUAGGUUCCCAAACUUUUGGUUUAGGUUGUACAAAUUACCGGCUACAAAAAUAAUAGCUGUAAUAUAAUGUUAUGUAGUGUAGGCACGCGACAGUCACAUAUACGAGUCGUACGAAUACAAUGAGAACGCUUUCGUUAGUUUACUUUAUUGUUUGUUAUUGUAAUAUUAUAUUGUAAUAUUAUUAUACUACGGUUUUGUGUAUUGCAUUGCAGCUAAUGUGCGUGUACGGCACAAGCCGGAGAAUGUUUAAAAAAUAACCAUUUUUAUUGUGUUAACAAUUUGUUUUAUAAGUAAAAAUUCAAAAUUAAAGUUAUUAUUUAUUAAUAAUAAGUUCUAAGUUAUGAUUGAGGCACUGUAGAUAUAUAAUUUAUGCCUGAAAUUAUU